AUGCCUAAUGAUUGGAAAUUUAUCUGUGGCAUAUUUCUUGGUUAUGACUGGAUAAUGCCUAAGAAAAGUAAAAAGGCAAGAAGUACCAAGUUGAAAGAAAAUAAAGAAAGAAUGAGAAAGAGGACACAGGAAAAAAAUAAUAAUUUUAGAGAUGAAAAUGAAAUAGAAAGUAUAUUAGAGAAUAGAAUUGAACAUUUAUAUGAGAAUGAAAAUGAAAAACUAGAUCAGAGUCUCAGCUCUACAAACAAACAAUAUGUGAGAAAUAAAGAUGAUGAUAAUCUAUAUCAAAAUACAAGUGAUAUACAAAAUCAGACUGAAAAACUAGACCAGAAUCAUGUUGAAAAACUUCAUAAAAAUAGCAUUGAAAAACUGGAUAAAAAUCGGAUUGGAAAACUGGAUAAAAAUCGGAUUGGAAAACUGGAUAAAAAGCUGUUUAAAAAACUGGAUGAAAAUCAGAUAAAAAAACCGGAUCAAAAUCAGAUUGAAAAAAGGGAUGAAAAUAGGAUUAUUAAAAAGAAGUAUAAACAUUUGAUUGAACAACUAGAUCUAAACCACAACUCACUUAUUUGUCCAUAUACAGAAACAGAUAGUGAAAUAGUUCAAUUUGAACAAUAUCAGAACAAAAUAAAGAACAAACCUACAUCCAAAUCGCAAUGUAACAAAAAAAAAACCACAGCUGUGGUUAAGAAUUACGUAAAGGUUAUUAGAUCAGAUAUUAGAAAUACAAUUGUACAAGGUAGUUUUCACCAAGGAGAUAUAAGGUUUGGUUUAAACAGUGGUAAGCAAUGUGUGGCAAACUGUUGUUCAGCUCUUGCUUUUAGUAAAUUGAAAGAUUUAACCUACUGGGAUCAAAAAUAUUUAGAUAAGGUUCUGAUUUAUGGAAAUGAUUUAUAUAGCCGUGUUAGUGGUAAUAAUCAUCACUUAUUAAUAUCCGACCUACCAACAAUAUUAGAUAUUUCAGGAAAAUUGAUGGAAAUGACACUAAAAGAGUCAAUAUCAGCUGUAAUAGAUACAUCUGAAACCAUUGAUUUUAGUGAAUUUGGUAAUUCUUUGCCAUUAGACCAAGCUUUACAGGAAUCACUUGUAGAUUAUGAUGCUUGCUUUAUAUGUGCAUAUGAUACUUCAUUUUUAGCUUUGAAACAUGGUCAAGACUUUUUUUUGUUUGAUUCACAUGCAAGAAACGAGUUUGGUUUAAAGCACAGUAAUGGCAAAAGUUUACUUUUGAAAUUGAGCAGCCUAGAUCAUCUGUAUCAAUACUGUUGCAACAUGGUAUUAGGACCCAGUCAAAAUCAGUGGUUUGAAGUUACAGGAGUAAGCAUCUCUAUAGUUGGAGAACCUGUUAUGUACAACAAUGAAGUUCCUGAAAACCAUGAACAAAUGAACAACACUGACUAUAACGAUAUUGAAAAUCAUGCACCAAUUGACACCAGUGACUAUGAGCUACCUGAAAUUGUCGUCGUAAAAAACGAGAAAAGUCCAGAACUUCCAAAAAAAAUAAAUCCAAUGUUUGACAUCUGUAGCUCUGAAAGUAAUGCAGAUGUGCCUUUUAUUGAUGAUAUGAACAAGGAUGAAUCUGAUGUCGAAAUUGUGUCUGCAACUGACUUGUCUUAUGAUUUUAAACCAAUAAACACUGUUGCAAAGAAAAGGCUUUGUCUCAUUCCAAGAUUUAAAACUGUCAAAGAGCACAUACAGACUCUCCAGAUGAACGAAAAUAAUGUAUGGGGAACUGAGUUGGAGAUUAUAGCAUGUGCAGACCUGCUUAAAACUGACAUUUACACUUAUUUCAAUGAUUCAUGGAUUAAAUAUUCUUCAUCUCAAUUAUGUAGCAAAAACAAAAUUAAUGAUCAGGCUAUUUAUCUUCAACAUCUGACUGCCAUCAAUCAUUACGAAGUUGUCACAGCUGUAACUCAAAAGUCAAGGUUUCAAAACAGAAUGCUAUCUAGUCUAGUUAGAAGGGAAAAGUAUGAAUUUGAAAGAAAAUAUGAGGUGCCAACUUCAAAAACAAAUGAUUCUGAUAACUUUUGGAAUGAUGAAUUGAAAGUCUUAUCAAAAGCUGAAAAAGAAAGGAUGAGAUACAGGAAAGAUGAGGAAUUUAAGGCAAGAAAGACUUCCACACUGAAAAGAAAAUAUUGGGAAAAUGAAGGAACACGUUUAAAAAAAAUUAAGAAGUAUGAAGAAGAUCAGACAUUUAGAGAUAAUUUAAAGCAAGCAGGUAUUAAGAAAUAUCGAGAGGACAAGGAAUACAGAGAUGCGUUAAUAGAAUCUGGAACUCAGAAAUAUAAAACAGAUGAGGAUUACAGAGAUUCCUUAAUUCGAGCUGGAAAAGAAAAGUAUCAUGAAGACAAAGAUUACAGAGAUAACUUAAUACAAUCUGGUAUUCAAAAAUAUCAAGAAAAUGACGAGUACAGAGAAAAAUUGAAACGAGCUAGUAUAAAUAAAUAUGAAGAAGAUGAAAAACACAAGAAACAUGUCAAACAAGCAAGUGUACAAAAGUAUAAGGAAGAUGAAAAUCACAAGAAACUAGUGAAACAAGCUAGUGUACAAAAGUAUAAGGAAGAUGAAAACCACAAAGAACAUGUGAAACAAGCUAGUGUACAAAAGUAUAAGGAAGAUGAAAACCACAAAGAACAUGUGAAAUUAGCUAGUGUACAAAAGUAUAAGGAAGAUGAAAAGCAUAAAGAACAUGUGAAACAAGUAAGUGUACAAAAGUAUAAGGAAGAUGAAAAACAUAAAGAACAUGUGAAACAAGUAAGUGUACAAAAGUAUAAGGAAGAUGAGAAGCACAGAGAACAUGUGAAACAAGUCAGUGUACAAAAGUAUAAGGAAGACGAAAAGCACAAAGAACAUGUUAAACAAGCAAGUAUACAGAAGUAUGCAGAUGAUGAUUCACAUAGAUGUAAAACACCUGCAGAGUCGUUUUCAAAUGGUUUAAUGCUUGAAGAUGUUCCUUUAGAAUUAAAACAGCUAAAUGCAAUAGAGCAACAACUUAUAGCCCUGAACAUUCCAUUCAUGAAGAUAAUGGCUCUACCAAAAGGAGGACAAAAAGGGGUUCAUGGACCUGUAGUUUGUGUGCCGUCUGAUUUGACAAAAGUUACAACAAUACUACCACGAUCAGAAGAUGAAAGUCUUUUACUUAAGGUUAAACUGAAGAGAAAGCUCAACUACAAAGGCUAUGAAAAAUAUCAAUUUGUAAGACCAAACCAUUUGGAGCAAGCACUUGUGUAUUUAAAGGAUACAAACGUAUGGUAUAAAGAUGUCGCUAUCAAUGACGAAUGGAUAAACCCUAUUCCUGAGAUAAAUGAUGAUGAAGUAGUGAAUGAUGAAACUGAAUCUGAUUCUACUGAGUCGGUCAGGAAUAAUAAAAUACAGAAAGAUGCGUCAAACAUGUCAAAGUCUUCAAAAGAAAGCAAUGAAAGAGAAGAAGAAAGCGAACAGUAUAGCUAUAUUGAUGAUAGGUUACGUGGUGUUCAGUUAGAUACUUGUUUACAACCUGCUGACAUAGGUCAAGAGGCUUUAGAUUUAUGCUUUGAUCAAGUAUUUAAUUUAGCUCCAGCAGAAAAUAACAAUCCACUUAGUGUUCUAAAAGAACCAGGUAUUGAAGCUAAAACCUUUCCUGUGCACUUUCCAUCAGGUAAAAAUACUUCGGAUGAAGACCGUGAUGAAAAACUAACAAUUGGAAGAUACUUUAAUCUUCGAUUAAUGAGUGUUGAAAAUAGAUUUGCUAGAGAUACCAACUACAUAUUUUUCAGUCAAUAUUUAACAGAGCUCAGUAGCGUGAUUUCAAACGUUCAGAUAUCUCUUAGAAAACAAUGUCCUUUUUCGAAAGAAGGAAAGAAAGUUACAAGAGAAAUGCUUUGCAACAAGGAAACCUUAAAAGAAUUAUUUAAGAAAGAUGAAGCUAUAAAAUAUUUAAAACCCAUUCGUGGAACUCCUCCCUAUUGGCAAAGCUCACAAAAAGAUAUAUUUGCAAUGAUAAGACAGUUAGGAGUUCCCACAUUCUUCUGUUCUUUUUCUUCUGCAGACUUCAGAUGGUCAGAAAUUAUAAACAUAAUUUUAAAACAGCAAGGUGACACGAGAAAUAGUGAAAAUAUGACAUGGGAUGAAAAAUGUAAAGUUCUGUGUAGCAAUCCUGUUACAGCAGUAAGAAUGUUUGAUCAUAGAUUUCAUAUGUUUCUGAAGGAUGUUAUCAUGUCAGAAGCUCAACCAAUAGGGAAAGUAAUCGACUAUUUUUACCGAGUUGAAUUUCAACAAAGAGGUUCUCCCCACACACAUUGUUUGUUUUGGGUAGAAAAUGCUCCAAAAUUUGGCGAAGAUGAUAUUGAUGACAUUAUUACCUUUAUUGACAAGUACAUAACAUGUGAGAUACCAGAUGAAAAGGAAGACAAAGAAUUGCAUGACAUUGUUAUGGCAGUACACCAACACAGUAAAAAACAUUCAAAAUCAUGUAAGAAAAAGGGAACAGUAUGUCGUUUUAAUUUCCCAAGACCUCCCUCAACUAGAACAUUUAUCUCAGAACCAAGUGAUCCAGAUGAAGAUUCAAAGGACGAUGAAGAAUUAGCAAAGGAAAUAUUGUCCGACUUAUGGGAAGUUAUAAAAAAGCAUGAAGAUGAAAACUUAGAUGUUUCUGAAAUUUUCAAGAAGAUAGGACUUGCUCAAGAAAGCUUCGAAACAUAUUAUCGUUUUAUCACCAAUCGCAAUACAGUAGUUCUCAAACGUCAGCCAAAUGAAAUAUACACCAAUCAGUAUAACCCACAUCUUUUGAGGGCUUGGGAUGCAAAUAUGGACAUACAAUAUAUUUUGGAUGCAUUUUCCUGUGUUGUAUACAUUAUAAGUUAUAUAAGUAAAGCUGAGAGAGAGCUAGGAUUACUCCUGCAACAGACUAAAAAUGAAGCAGAAGAAGGAAAUCUAAAUGCUCAACAGACUAUGAAAAAAGUUGGAACUUCAUAUUUACACCAUAGAGAGAUAAGCGCACAAGAAGCAGUGUUUAGAGUUACUGGAUUGAGAUUACGAGAGUGUUCAAGGAAAGUAGAAUUUAUACCUGUUGGUGAAAAUCCAUGUAGAAUGAGCGUUCCUUUGAAAGACCUAGAGAAACAACAAAAUUGUAAGUCUUCUAAAAGAAAAAGACAUAAUAGUGACAGUGAAGAUGAAGAUGAAGAUGAAAAUAGUACUUGGAUGAACAACAUUGUUGAUAGAUAUAAAGGAAGACCACAUAUUGAUAUCUUUAUCAAAUUGUGUCUUGCAAGAUUCACUUCUGAAUACAGUGUUAUUCUAGAAUCACAAUUACCACAGAAAAUUAAUAAAGACACAACCUUCAAACUUGAUGGCUCACUUGGGUAUAUUAGAAAACGCACAAGAACUUCACCUGCAGUUAUAAAAUAUCCUCGUUUCUCUCCGGAAAAUUCCCCAGAAAAAUAUUAUCAAAGCAUUUUGCAACUGUAUUUGCCAUACAGAUAUGAUGAACAGUUAAAACCACUCUUAUUUCAAACAUAUGAGAAUUUCUUCACAUGUGGAAGAGUUAAGUUUCAAGGGGAUAACACAUUAAGUUCUGUGAAAGAAAUUGUUAUCAAAAACAUGUCAGACUUUGUGAAAAAUGGUCAUGAUUUAGAGGAAGCAGAAAAGCAAUUUCAUGAAAAAGAUCCUAAAGAAGAUGCUUGGUGUGAGUUAUGCCCAGAAGCAGAAGUGAAUAGAAGAGAAUGUAUAGAUGAAGGCAAAGUAUCUAGUGUGAUUGAGGAGGAUUUAUCAAUACCAGAUUUGAAUGAAAAGAGCUCAUCAUCUGUUGGAACUAAUUUGCUGUCUGUUUCUCUCACAAAAAAUGAAGUUAUUCCAAGGCUAAGAAGUUUGAAUGUGAAACAGAGAAGAAUUCUCUAUAAAGUAAGAGAUUGGUGCAUUCAAAAAGCAAACGGAAAAACACCAGAGCCUUUACAUUUAUUUAUCACUGGAGGAGCUGGAACGGGUAAAAGUCACUUGAUCAAAUGUAUUCAAUAUGAAGCAACUCGAAUAUUAGCACAAACAACAAAUAAUCCAGAUGAUCUCACAGUUCUAUUAACAGCUCCAACUGGAACGGCUGCAUUUAAUAUCCAUGGAUUGACAAUUCAUAGUGCUCUUGGAAUUUUCAAAUCACUCUCACCUGAUCAUGCAACUCUUAGUGAAGACAAAAUUAAUUCGCUCAGAUCAAAGUUAGAACAUUUGCAAAUCUUGAUAAUUGAUGAAAUUUCAAUGGUCAAUAAGAAAUUGUUGUUUUUCGUUCAUGAGCGACUCAGACAGGUUAAAAAAAGACCAGACAAUUGUUUAUUUGGAGGUGUUUCAAUAAUUGCUGUUGGCGAUUUUUAUCAGUUACCACCUGUUCGAACAAAAAGGGUAGACAAAUUGUAUGUAGAUGACCCUUCUAAUCCCUCAAAUCAGCUAUGGAAUGGCUUGUUUGAAAUUGCCGAGUUGGAUGAAAUAAUGCGUCAACGUGAGGAUGGAAUGUUUGCUGAACUACUAAAUAGAUUGCGUGUUAAGCAGAAAAAUGAAAGUUUGUCAUCAUCUGAUAAAAAAACAUUACAACACUGCUUUGGUGAUAGCCCCGAUGAAGCCUUGCACAUAUAUUCUACAAAUGCAGAGGUUGACACCUUUAACAAGGAGAUGAUAAUGAAGCAAUGUACAGAAUCAAAACUGAUUGAGGCACAAGAUUUCCAAAAAGACAAAACUUCGGGGAAAUUGACUCUGAAAAAAGUACAUUGUUUAAAGUCAGAUGUCUGUCUCCCAAUAUCUAUUCUUUUAGCUGAGGGAGCAAGAGUAAUGCUAAUCAAGAAUGAGGACACAGCAGAUGGUUUAGUAAAUGGUGUAAUGGGAACUGUUAUAUCUAUCAAAGACUUCUCACCAAAUUCCCUCCCAAGUAUAAUAUAUGUUCACUUUGACAAUGAAAGAGUAGGAAGAAAUGCAAAGGUACAAAAACUCAUCAGUGGAAAACACUGUGUUGGAUUGAAACCUUCAAGUGAAGACAUUCCUUUAAGCAAUUGUGUAAGAAAACAGUUUCCAUUGAAGUUAGCCUGGGCUUGCACAAUUCACAAAGUUCAAGGAUUAACAGUUGAAGAAUGUGUUGUUGAUCUGAAUAAAUGUUUCACAUAUGGUCAGGCAUAUGUAGCCCUUAGCAGAGUUACAUCAAAAUCUGGUUUACACAUUGAAAGCAUAGAAGCUGAAAAAAUUGACAAGAAAAUCUUCUGCGAUCCUGAUAUUGUAAAGGGUGUUUCAGAAAUGACAAAUUUUUGCCUGAAAUGGAGAAUACAGCAGAGGAACAUACACAAUCUUUCCAGAUAA